AUGAAAUUCCAUAUUCUCGUUUUUACUGUCUUAAUCGCAUGUUGCCUGGUAGCUAACAUAGUUGAUGGUCAAGGAAAUUUCUUUACUUCGACUGUCAUUUCCACUCUGGAAAAGGGAACGAUAUGUCAUGGUUAUGUAACGAAUUGUAAAGGUAAAGUAAUAUUUGACAAAGGCACGCAAGAUUGUUCUGGCAAUUGUACGGUAUCACAACGCAAUAAUAUACCAGGCAAUCAGCCGUAUUGUCCUCAUAUGGUAGUUCAUUCCGUGAAGGGUACAAAAGCCAAUUUAUCCAUCAACAGAGUCAAUCAAAGUGCCUGUUUCGAAGUUAAAGAGACAUCACCCGAAAAAUUUGAUUUCGCACAGACAAAAGAUUGCCCUAACCCUGUUCCAGAUUCUUAUAUUUGGCCCAUUCAUCUAUCAUCUUUAAUCGUCAACUUCCUGGAUACUAUUUCCAAAUUAUUCUAA